AUGAAAAUCAAUUGUCUUGAGAUGCAAACUGCUCGACCGGAAAAUCCUCAAACAACCCGUUUAAUAGCACCACCUCAUAAUUUCACACGAAUCCUUUUAACCGCAGCCCAAGUUUCAUGUUUUCUAAUAAUCGGUACUAAAGAAGAAAUAAAUAAAUUUCUUGAAGACCAUAAAGAAGUUACAAUUUUUUCACAUUUAAAUCAAAUAAUUCCGGAUAGAGAUGAGAUAUUAAUCCGUUUAUCACCAUAUACAACAAAACCAAUCGGCCCGACGGCAUUGGGAACAAAUUUUUCACUUGAUUGCAUAAAGUGUUUGAUACCAUCAUCGAGAUGGUGUUUAGAAUUCAGAUUACUAAGCACAAAUUGGUUACAAAAUGAUGAAAAAGGGAGAAAGUGGGAGAGAUGGGCUAAUAAAAGUAAAGAAUGGUGUGAAAUUAAUGGGACUACGUUAGAGAAUGUUAGGGGGAUUAUUGAAAGGAAAUGA